AUGACUGACUACAAACCCCUCGCAACACCGGCAGCUGUCACUCAGUCCACCUCACCGUCCUUGGAGCCUUACGACAAUCCUACACAGUAUCGACGCAUUGUGGGUGCUCUACAGUAUCUGACUAUUACUAGGCCAGAUUUGUCCUUUUCAGGUACACUGGAUAUGGGUCUACGCAUUGCACCGUCUUCGCAUUCUACACUACAUGGGUAUUCUGACUCCGACUGGGCAGGCUGUCCUAUUGACAGGAAGUCUACUAGUGGAUAUGUAGUCUUCUGUGGCUCUAACCUCGUUUCUUGGGUCUCUCGGAAGCAACGCACAGUUGCUCACUCAUCUACAGAUCAGAGGCCGAGUACAAGGGAUUAG